AAAUUUUAAAAAGUUUAAGGGGGUUGAUAAUAAACCAUGGGAAAAUGUAUGCGUUUUCUAACAUCUCCGUCUUAUUUUUUUGCUUAUUUAUUUAUUUAUUUUUAAUAAAUAAUUCAUUUCAUCUCCGUCUUCUUCUUCUUUAAUCUACACGAGAUGUAUGUAUACAGUAAAUUGAGGUCAAAUCAACUACGCUACAUUUUAGUCAUCAAUGUCUUAAUUCGCACUCCCAUUUUCGGAUUUGGAGAAUCUCUGAAUUAUUUUAUACCCAAGUGUGCGUAGAAAUAAUAAUCUCACUGGGUUAGGAUAUUUGUUACAAACAAUAUCAACGUGAGAAAAAAAGUAUAUCUAUACAAGAUUUUAGCGAUUGGUCUGAUGGGUUUUUGCUGUUGAGCCUCUUCCCCUGUUAGGGGUUCUGGGAUUCUUUGAACUCUGCUGGAGGGCGAGUUACCGAGAUGUGAUCUUUUGUUGCCAGCAAUAAAGGGUUUCCAUUUCCACAGGUGGGAGUUUUCAAGUGCGUUCUUCCCGUUUCUUUCUCCCAUUUUUCCAAUUUUUUUUUUUCUUGAAUAAAGUUGCUUGCUGUCAAACAUUUGGAGCUUGGUUUGUUUGAGGAAGGUUGGAUUCAAGCUGGUUCCCGCAAGGAAAACGUGUUGUUUUUCUACCUCUCUCUGAUCUUUUGACUUCAUCCAUUUUUUGGGAGCUUUGCCAAAGGUCAAAUUUAUUUGACUAAUUGGAGCCCUUGUCGGUUGCAUCUUUGAUUCUGUAAGCGUACAGCACCUCUCUGUCAAUAGCAUUUCAUUUAUCCUAGUAUAACAUACUUCGAAGGAAAUAACAGAUUGUUUGUGAAUACCUGAUCUUCGUUCAUUCACACUGAAACAUUGAGAAAGUGGGUAGUAUAGUAGAAAAGGAUUAUCUGAGCAGAGCACUACAGUUUAAAAGAUUGAUUAUUUACUGGCCAAGUGGAUAUUUAUUUAGUGUGGAUCUCGAAGCAUAGUGUUGUGUUAGAUCUGGAAUUAUUGAAGAUUCAAUUUAUAGUAGACGUUGGCUCUCUUAGUGAGAUAAGGGACAGCACAUGUUAAUUUGGUGACUGAGGUUUUGGGUAUAAAUUUGGGGCAUGUCUCGUGUGAUCAUCCAUUGAUUAAAAGGUUUUCAAGCAUCCAAACUUGGUGAUAAGAUGGAUUGAUAGGGUGCUGCCAUGGAUACAAGAGUAACAUUUUCGCUUCGCGGGCUUCUAGUUCUUCUCAUGAUCUUAUCAGUGUCAGCCACUGAUGGAGAAUUUCAUUGUCCAUGCGAUGAUGAUGGAGGUUGGAGCAUUGCUACCAUUCUAGAUUGCCAGAGAGUCAGUGAUUUCUUGAUUGCUAUUGCUUACUUUUCAAUUCCAUUAGAGUUGGUUUACUUUAUUAGUUGCUCAAAUGUGCCAUUCAAGUGGGUUUUAGUUCAAUUCAUAGCGUUCAUUGUCCUCUGUGGAAUUACUCAUUUACUCACUGCAUAUACCUACUAUGGUCGUCAAUCCUUUCAAGUGAUGAUGUCGCUUACAAUUGCUAAAAUCCUUACUGCUCUCGUCUCUUGUGCUACUGCAAUAACUCUUGUCAGCUUGAUCCCUAUUGUCCUCAAAUUUAAAGUUAGAGAACUUUUCUUGAAACAAAAUGUUAUGGAGCUCGGCCAAGAGGUUGGGUUAAUGAAAAGACAGAAAGAAGCUGGUUGGCAUGUCAGAAUGCUUACCCAAGAAAUUAGGAAAUCAAUCGAUAAACACACAAUUUUAUACACUACCCUGGUUGAGCUCUCAAAAACUUUGGAUCUUCAGAAUUGUGCAGUUUGGAUGCCUAAUGAAAAUAAAACAGAGAUGAAUUUGACCCAUCAGCUAAGUCCUGGUCCUUCACAGGAGUACAGUCGUGCACUCCCAAUGAAUGACCCAGAUAUAUUAGUCAUAACAGAAAACAAGGGUGUGAGGUUUUUGAAGCAAGAUUCAGUUCUUGGAGCUGCAAGCUGUGGUGGGUCUGGGGAGCCAGGUGCUGUUGCAGCUAUUCGAAUGCCGAUGCUUCUUGGGUCAAAUUUCAAAGGUGGGACACCACAGAAUGUUGACACUGGGUUUGCCAUAUUAGUUUUGGUUCUCCGAAGUGCACACGAAAAAGUUUGGAGCUACAGUGAGAUGGAGAUAGUUGAAGUGGUUGCUGACCAGGUCGCUGUGGCACUGUCCCAUGCUUCAGUUCUGGAGGAGUCCCAAUGGAUGAGAGAGAAACUGGAAGACCGAAAUCGUGUACUCCAGAGAGCCAAGGAGAAUGCAAUGAUGGCUAGUCAGGCCAGGAACUCAUUUCAGAAAGUGAUGAGCAAUGGCAUGAGGCGGCCUAUGCAUUCUAUUUUGGGCUUGUUAUCUGUUUGUCAAGAUGGAAAUUUGAGCUCUGAACAGAGGAUUGUCAUCGACACCAUAGUGAAGACCAGUAAUGUUCUUUCAACUCUUAUAAAUGAUGCAAUGGAGAUAUCUGAUAAGGACGAAGGCAGAUUCCCAUUAGAGGUGGUUCCCUUUAAGCUACAUUCAAUGGUCCGAGAAGCGUCUUGUUUAAUCAAAUGCUUGUGCAUGCAAAAGGACUUUGGUUUCUUUGCAGAUAUAUCCCCUAUUUUGCCUAAUCCGGUGAUGGGGGACGAGAAGAGGACUUUUCAGGUUUUACUUCACAUGAUUGGACACCUGUUGAAUGUUAAUGAUGGAAAAGCUUCUGUGACAUUCAGGGUGGUUUCAGAGAGUGGAAUUCCGGAAAGGACUGAUAGAUCUUGGGACACAAGGCGACCAAGCUCGAAUGAUGAGUAUGUGAGUGUAAAAUUUGAAAUUGAAGUUAAUGCUGAAGGUUCUCAGUUAGAUAAUUCAAUAGCUACAACACAUUUUGGAGGUACAAGGCACAAUAACAAAGAAGUAAAAGAGGGAUUGAGCUUCAGCAUGUGUAAGAAGCUAGUACAGGUUAGAACUUCUUAACAUCCUUUCAUUGAUAUCUUCUGUUACCCAUCCAAAUAGUAAUAUUUUAGAUUACUACCAUCUUAAUAGUCAUGCACAGAUGCACAUAACAUCGGAUUAUUGAUUAUUUUCCCCCUAGUAUUUAUAACAGAAAUGUAUAAACUUCUGGCACCAUUCCGGUAAUCUAUGACUGCAGUAUGUUUUUGGUUCUGAACCUUGUCAUUUCUCAAACAGUUUCAAAUAAUUGGGUUUUAGUUUGAUGGACUAUGUGGAUAGAGGAUAUGGUGCUCGGUUGUCUAUGUGGAUCAGAAAAUGAAGAAUUUCAUUAUGCAGUCUGUGAUUCUUCUUAACAUCCCUUUUAGAUUGCUGAAAACUCGAGUUUCCUUUUAAAUUACAUUCGUCUUACUCAUAUCUGCCGAUAACUAAUUGAGCAUUCUUGAUCUCCACGGUCUAGGCCCUAGGGUCCAGCCUUUUAGUAGUGCUUAACAACUGGAAGUUACAAAGGUCUAAAUUGUUAUCAUUCUCUUUAAAAAAUUGGGAUGCCCCCAAAUAGAAGUUUCUUAAAUAACUCUACACGUUCUCCUGCCGAUUUGAAAUAUUGAAUGUGAAAUGUAUAGUGGUUAUCUUUUUACGUUUUUGUACACCCUUGGAUUAUAGUUUAACUGCUAAACUAUAAAACGAAUAGGUAAGUGGCUGUUUGAAAUGUCUGCGCAUUUCAGGGAUAUGCUCUGGUAGUUAAUUGGUGUUCAUUGGUCAUUAGACAACCAUAUUCUCAAUCAGUUCUGCAAAAUUGCAAUUGUUCUUUUAAGUGAGACUUGUAAUGUUCUCUUUCUUCAAACAUCAUAAUUAGUGUUCUAACUUCUGUAACUUGAACACAUCAGUUUUGUUGUAUUAGUAACUUAUAGUGUUAGAUGCUCAAACUUCUGUACCUUCGUAUCUGAUUCUAGAAUUCCAGAAUGAAUUUUUACCCUUUACCCACUCAUAUUAUAUUCAAGUUCAGUGAUCAAUUGCCUGAUGGCUGAUAAGUCAUGUUUCAUGUUUAUACAUAGCUUUUCUACUGAAAAUUCCUUACAGCCAGUGUGUUUGGAAGUUACUUAUAGAGAACUUCUUUAAUGGAUUUGUUUGAUGGCACUGCUUGAGGAGUUAUUUUUAUUAGUCUGAGAGCCCUGUCACUUUGUUUAAAAAAUGUGUAGAACUUAUAUAUGUUGCAAAUUUUUUGCGUCACGAGUUCUUAGUUCUAGGUAACAACCCUAACAUAUACUGCAGCAUUAUCAACACGGUUUGUUCUCUGAUAAUUCUCCGGAUUUUGUGGUCUGUUAAAAAAACAAAGGAUUUAUUAAAGGAUUCGAGAAGAUUGUUCCCCUAUUGUUGUUUGACUUGUCGUUGUUUCCUGAUGCAGAUGAUGCAAGGAAAUAUCUGGAUGUCCUCGGAUUCCCACGGGCAUGCACGGAGUAUGACCCUUAUCCUUAGAUUUCAGAAACAGUCAUCAUUUAGAAGGCAUAUAUACGAGCUUGGGAAUUGCCAAGUGGACCAAACUAUUACCAGCAGCAUGUUCAAAGGAUUCGAUGUACUUUUAGCCGAUGAUGAUGGCACAAAUAGAAUGGUGACAAAGAAGCUGCUCGAGAAACUGGGUUGUAAGGUGACGGCUGUAUCAUCUGGUUUCCAAUGCCUGAGUAUCCUGGGACCUUCAGCUGGUUCAUUCCAAGUGGUCUUCUUGGAUCUUCACAUGCCAGAGAUAGAUGGCUUCGAGGUGGCCAUGAGAAUCCGGAAAUUCAGGAGUCGUAAUUGGCCUUUGAUCAUAGCAUUGACAGCGAGUGCGGAUGAAAACGUGCUGGAAAGAUGUCUGCAGGUGGGGAUGAAUGGUCUCAUAAGGAAACCUGUUCUGCUACAAGGCAUGGCUGAUGAACUACGGAGGGUACUGCAGCGAGCAAGUGAUGGAGUGAACAACUACUUUUGAGUUUUUACAGUCAGUAUUCAAGCAGGCACCCAUUUAGUGACUUUUAGGAAGUUUUCUUUUUCUUUCUUCUUCUAUACAUACAGAAUUGGUGGAAAAAAAGAACUCAUCAAUUAUGCUAACAAUGUAGUUAUGGAUGAUUAUUUCAGAACCUAUAUUGGCCGGAGAACAGACCAGUAUAUUUAUAUAUGUAGAUUGUAAACGGCAUCAAAGCCAUUUUUUUCCCCCCAAAGUCUGUUUGUUCACUUGAGCACCAGUUGGUCAAAAAGGCUAUAAUUGUUAGUUGAUUUGCUUCUAUAAUAAGAUUACCAAUGAGUU